AUGGUGGGCCAGAACAGCGCCAUCGCUGUUUCCAUCGGGUACUGCAUUUACUUCGACCGCAAGAGACGGAGUGACCCCAAUUUCAAGAACAGAGUGCGAGAACGAGGAAAGAAACAGAAGCUUGCCAAGGAGAGAGCUGGACUUUCCAAAUUACCUGACCUUAAAGAUGCUGAAGGCAUUCAGAAAUUCUUCCUCGAAGAAAUACAGCUUGGUGAAGAGUUACUAGCUCAAGGUGAAUAUGAGAAGGGUGUGGACCAUCUGACAAAUGCAAUUGCUGUGUGUGGACAUCCACAGCAGUUACUGUAAGUAUUGCAGCAAACUCCUCCACCACCAGUGUUCCAGAUGCUUCUGACUAAGCUCCCAACAAUUAGUCAGAGAAAUGUAAGUGCUCAGAGCUUGGCUGAAGAUGAUGUGGAAUGAGAAACAAAUGUCAACAUAAUAAUCUCAAUUAAAAAAUAUUUUUAAAAUCUGAACUUGGAAGAUGAUCAGCUCUGGGGGAGUAAGGGCAAAUACGCUUGUUAUGGACUGUCCUGCACUGAAAUCUACCAAAGUUAAUUUUUACUUUGUGUAGAUCCAUUUGUCGUUUUAUUUAUUUUUCCCAGUGAAAAGUGUAU